AUGGACACAGGUUUCAAGACUGACCAUACUACGAGCCCCGAUGUCUUCCUACCAUCCCUCAACCAUGCACCCAGAUACAAGUUCCACGGCAUCAAGAGCCCGAGGGUUUUUGACAAGGCAAACCCUCGAAACUGGACCCGCGCAAAGAAGCGGCUGUUAUUCGCAGCGCUGAUUUCCAGCUCUCUGCUAGCGGAUGGGUAUGAUAAGAGCUGUGAUUGGAAUAUCAGUGUCGACUACUCAUCGACCAGCAUGAAUUAUGGGAUUCUGCUUCAGGGGUUCGGGGGUAUAUUUGCGGUGCCCUUUAUUGAAGCGUAUGGGAGGCUCCCGGUUUGGUUCUGGACCCAGGUCGUCACAAUGUUCAUGGUGCUCGGUGCCACUUUGUCCACGUCCUGGACCAUGUUCACCACCUUUCGAUCUCUUCAGGGCUUCUUCGGGACUGUUCCACAGGUAGUCGGUCUCUCUAUUAUCCAUAACAUGUACGAGCCGGAAGACUGGCCGCAUAUGAUUAACAUUUGGGCAACAACCUUUCUAGUCGGACCAUUCCUCGGCCCUGCAUUGGCGGGAUACAUACUCGUGGGCAGCCGGAAUCAGUGGAACAUCUCCUUUAGCGUCCUAACCGGGCUCUAUGCUAUUUCCACGCUACUAAUCAUUCUCUUCGGACGUGAGACCUACUACAAUAGCAGCAGCAGCAGCAGCAAUCAUAGCGGGCAGGCGCGGGUGCAUCAUUAUCAUCCGGUCCUGUCAAAAAUCUGCUCCUUCAUCGGAAUCUCGUGCAAUAAUAACAACCAUGAUGCCGCGUCUCUGCCCAUUGCCAAACGCCAUACACUACUUUCUCAAUCUACUACUUUGCUCAGGCUGAUUUUCAAGGUCCCGCUCUUGCUGCUUGGCAUUGCGGUUAUGAUUAAUUUCUGCUGGCCGAUUGGCAUUACGACGACGGUCGAUACAUUUCUGCAUGCGCCGCCGUAUCUGUUUGAUAAUGUCCAGGCUUCAUCGAUGCGUUUUGCGGGCGUCAUUGGAGCUUCGAGCGGAUACAUAUUCGGCCAUUUCUUCAACAAGUGGAUUUACAAUUAUCAUCAUGUUCAUCUUCAGUUUACCCGCAACAACAGCAACAACGACAACGACAAAGCCCCAGAAAACAAUGACUUGGGAAGAAUCGCCUCUGAGAAUAGCAGCAGUCUGCAUAUUGAUGCUUUCGUCUCUCCAAAUUCCUAUACCUGGCGCCCAGAACACCGUCUCCAUGGUGUCUGGUUCCCUAUCGUCAGUUUGGCCGGUGGCCUGGUCACAUACGGCUUGACACUCAAUUAUAACAAGAGCUGGAUCGGACUGGCUUUUGGCUGGAUCAUGGUUGAUUUGGGCAUGGUUGCUAGUACCGUAGCGAUAACAGCCUACGCACUCGAAGAGUUCCCUUCUCACGCAACGCCCGUCAGCGCAAUUAUCAACAUGUGGCGCACUUGCGGAGGGUUUUCGGUCGCUUAUUUCCAGGCUUCGUGGAUAGCGAGGGAUGGGGUUGGAGUUGUCUUUGGUGUGCAGGCGGCUAUUGUUGUGGUCGGUGCGGUGUUGACGAUUGUGCCGGUUUUUGUGCUUGCUGGACGAAAGAGGUGA